AUGCUUACCUAACGAAUUUUUAGAUUUGAUAUUACCCCCUCUAGAACUUCUUAUAGCAAAGCAUACAAAUAAGGUUAUCAGUAGGAUGAACAACGGAAACUUUGGUUAAACUACUUUUAUCAAUAAUUACUUUAACGAGAUAGAAGAAAUGAAUUAAAAUUCAAUAUACAAANGCUACAAAGAAGGAUGUCACGAAAUAAAGCAAUUAGCUUUGAUGGCGUAUCUGACAAUUUUAUUAGGAAUUGUAAAAAUGUCCAUAUUUUUUGUGAUAUAUGGAAAUAAUCUACAAUUGAAACCAACUACGCAUGCUGUAGAGCAAGACUAGUACCCUUAAACAAGGUUUUCCCCGAUAUCCCUACUAAAACUUAGUUUCGACCUAUUACAAUUCUAAGUCCCCUAUUUAAGCUGCUUGAAUUAAGAUUUCUGCCAAGACUAUAACAAUAUUUGUCCACUCGCUUAUCUAAAGGUCAAGCAGGAUUCAUUCCUGGUUCAUCUACUCAAAUAAAUAUCAUCAGACUCUUAAAUACUUUAACUGGUUACAAGAAAUAGGAUAAAAUGGAUUGCAUCUUUAUUGAUUUUAGCAAUGCCUUCAAUAGCAUAAAUAGAUAAAGACUAUUUAAUAUUUUAUCUGCUAAAUCAAUUUUGGAUGGCAUCGAAAUAAAAUUCCUUAAUCACCUCUAUACAAAUCUCCAUUAUAUUUGCCCAUAAAUGAAUACCACAUUUUACUUCUAAAACGGUGUUCCUCAAGGAUCUCCACUGUCUCCCGCACUUUUUAAUAUAUAUCUUGAAGAUUUUUUAGCUUCAUUAAAACAAAACUGUAAUUUUAAUUAUACUUCCUAUGAAUUUGCGGACGACAUUGUAAUUAUUAUUGCUCAUAGAAAUAUCCAAUCCUUUUUAUAAAAGUUGGUUUUAAUUUCUGAAGAAUAUGAACUUAGAUUAAACUAGAAAAAAUGUGGAAUCUUUUUCAUCCAAAAUCAUAAGCGCUGUUAAUAUAACAAUAUAUAAGGAUUUCCUAUUGUGAAAUCUUAUAAAUACCUCGGAAUAAAUAUAUUGAACAAUGGAAAAAUAAGUCUAUAGCUUGAUAAAGUAGAAUAAACUCUAAAAUUUUUAAGUGGAAAGUUGCUAUGGGUUUCUUAAAAACUUAAUUGGAAGCAGAAAUAUUAAUUAUUCUAAACUUUUCUCCUUCCACACAUACUCUAUAUUUGUCCUUCAAUCCCAACCUAGAAAUACAAAAACAUAUUUCAACGCUUAUAAAAAUUAUAUAAAUCUAGCUUUAAAAAGGUUUGUGGAUUUCCUAAAUGCUUACCUAACGAAUUUUUAGAUUUGAUAUUACCCCCUCUAGAACUUCUUAUAGCAAAGCAUACAAAUAAGGUUAUCAGUAGGAUGAACAACGGAAACUUUGGUUAAACUACUUUUAUCAAUAAUUACUUUAACGAGAUAGAAGAAAUGAAUUAAAAUUCAAUAUACAAAUUUCUCCCCAAUAAUUUUAAUUAGCUGUUCUACCUGUACCCUAAAAUCUGUAGGACCCACUAAUGUAAUCUUUCAUACCGCCAUAUAAUAAAUUUCCAUUCCAAUUUCCAUAUUUCAGAGUUUUUAAUAAAUCUAAGAGGCAUCUUCAAUAAUAAUUAGUAAAUACAAUAACCAAAAAACUAAUGUAAUAGAUUGGAAAAAAUAAUUGCAAAGCUUUUAACUGAAUGA